AUGGCGUUUUCUCUCCGCAUUGGUUGCACCGGCAGCAAUCGUAGUUUUGCCAAGUUCGGCAUCGACAAUAAUCUGUGUAGUCUCUGUGGCGGUGCGCCACGGCCCAUGUCUGUGAUGUUCGUUGGACGUCAGAGCCGUUCGAGGGGACAGAAUAGGAGGAUCACUGCGGCCGCUGCCUUGAUGACAGCUCCGGCCAUGGCGGCUACCGGUUUCCAGGAGAAUUUUUUGAGUUUGGAUAUGGAACCGCGCGGUAAGAGCGAUCGGUCAGAAGGAAAAGAUGCUGCCGACUCGAGCGAUAGGUUGGAUAGGUGGAUGAGGGAUUCUGUGGUAGAGAUCGUCAAAAAUCUGAGGGAGGCGCCGUUGUUAGUGCAGGUUUUUCCAAAGGGCUAUACUGACGGCGGUGGCGAUGGUCAUAUGAUGAAGACAAGGACAACGACGGCGACGGCGACCUUGGUGACAGAGAAGAGGGCGACGGAGGAGAAUUGGCCAGAGGCGAAGGGAAAAUGGCGACAGGAAAUGGCGCCAUUGCCAGAAGGCCUUAUAUUGGUGGAAGAAUUGACCGGCGACGAUCUCACCGGGAAAGAACGAAUAAAAGGGAGAGAAAACACGACGAAGGUUUGGGGGUAG